AGGCUCACGUUAAAAGAAACGGAAGAUUUAAGUUGCUAUACGUAUAAUUAAUUUCCGAAGACAGCGCUGUGUACCUAAAUUUGGUAUCAGGAAAUUGCAUACAGCUGAAUACCAGUACUAUUAAUGAGGUCUCCUUGAUUAUUAUGAUCAGUGAGCAAGCUAGUUGUGCGUUCUAUGAAUCGUAAUGAUCCAACCUGUACCGCUAAGCAAAUUUAAAUUCUUUACAUCGUCCAGUCAGUGAAAAUGUGGGAGUUCUUAAGGUCGGUUCGCAAAUCACGCUUUCCUCCAAAAUGAUCAGUUUUAGAGUAAAUUUGUGCCAAAUUAGUGUUAUUAUUUAUUAUAUUUAGUUAUGUUAUUGAAAAACAUCGGAAUGUUCUUACUUUUGUGUUUUAUUUCUACAGUGAAAGCAAUAGAAUGGGAAGCGCCUACACCAUAUGAUCCGGUGUGGUUUGCAAGUCUUCAAACUCAUGCGUCUGUUCCUUCCCUGAAUGAGACCCGGUUUUGGUGGGGUUGGGUUAACGACCAAGAUGUUAUGUUCAGAUUAUUUACAAGGCGAAAUCCUUAUGAAUACCAAAUGCUGAAAAUAAAUGAUUCAUCAUCAUUACGCAACUCGCAUUUCAAUUUCAACAAUAAGGUGAAAGUUUUGACCCAUGGUUGGUUAAAUCAUGGCGAUAGUCCUAUGCCCGAGUCAAUUAAAGAAGCCUAUCUAAACGUAAGUGAUAUAAACAUAAUAGUUGUUGAUUGGGGUAACGCAGCGAAUGUGAAUUAUAUCCUGGCUAGUUACAAUGUCGCCAUGGUUGGGCGCGUACUGACACAGUUCCUGAAUUUUCUCAUCACCGAGGGUGUUUCCAUGGAUAAUGUGCAUUUAAUAGGCCAUAGUUUAGGUGCACACGUUGUUGGUAUAGCUGGAGCUUAUGUGAAACAAGGGCCCAUAGACACAAUUACAGGUUUGGAUCCAGCAUUACCACUUUUUACAGUUGGGAAUAAAGAUGCUCGAUUAGACAAGCAUGACGCGAGGCAUGUGGAGGUAAUACACACGUGCGGGGGUUAUUUGGGAUUCGCGUCACCCCUUGGCCAUAUAGACUUCUACCCGAAUGCUGGCACCCGACAGCCUGGCUGUGGAAUCGACUAUCGAGGUCUAUGUGCACACAAUCGAGCCCAUAUGUUUUUCGCGGAAUCCAUAAUAUCAAAUGUAGCUUUCGUUGGAGUGCGAUGUAAGGACUAUGAUGAGUUGUAUUACUCGGGCUCAUGCAAAGGCACUGGGGAAACGCUGAUCAUGGGCGGAUUCGACAUUCAUUACGGGAAAGACGGAAUCUACUACCUAAAAACGAAUGCCGAACCUCCCUACGCUAUAGUGGACCCUACCUGAUUCAUACAAUAUUAAUCUCACCCUCAAACCCUCUAAAUAAAAAUUUCAUCUACAAAUAUAUGGAUGCAAAAAAUGUAUCUAAACAAUAUCUGUUCAUCUUAGUACUCAUUCCCUUUUUAAAAUGGUGAGAUGUGAUGAAAAGAGAUCUGUGCUUUAAACACAGUUUAUAUUAAAUAAAAUAUGUCGAUGAACGAUUAUGAAUAUUUAUAAUAUUAUUUAUUUAAUUAUCAUUAAGUAGAGAAUUUCAGGGCAGGCUGUUAGUCCAAGGUUAAAAAUGUAUUUUGUUGCGACAGCAAAUGGGUCGCGGCUCCACUUAAUAAUUUACGUGGCCUGCUUUCAUUUAGAUGAUUAAACCUUCAUCAGCUCUUAAAUUAUACUAAAAAAUCCACUUCAGUUAUGUUCGUAAUAUUUUACGUUUCAUAAUAAUUCAUAGCGUUGUAUAUUUAAUCAGCUUUUUGGCCGAAGUCUUAUUUAUUAUUUUUAUAAAAUGAGAUUAUUUAGUUUGCUUUGUUAUAAUAUUACCUAUUUCAUUUAGGUUAUCUUUCCUUUUGCUUGAAGUUCAUAUGAUGCAAAGAAAUGUUACAAUCAAUUGGUGUUCCAUUAUCAAUUAUUCAUCAUCAUCAAUUUGUGACGAACAAAUUUUAAAACGACUUAUCCGACUUCAAAAAAUCUUUUAUCGUUUCUUAUUUAUUGCUGAAUAUGAAGCUAUUUCUUUAC